AUGGCAACGAUGCAGACAUCACGGCGGUUCUUUCUCUUUUUGCUCAUGUGCUGCGUCACGCGCGCGCGCGCCGAUUUGACAACUGAGAGCACGUUUGAGCGCGUCGAGAGAGACGGAACUGAAGGGACUUUCGAACUGGUGGGAAAGUACACCAUUAGAAACGACGGCGCGAAUGACGUGAACCUCGCCGGGCAAGCCCUGAUGUUGCGAUUCCCAGGAUAUGUUCGCGUGAAGAACGACGAUGAUCCAGCACAGUCGACGUUGACGAGAGCGCUCCCGCGCGACUGGAUCUUCGAGUGUUUCUGGUCUUACGUCGAAGGGCGAUACAACGGGACGAACGUGUGUCCCUCGAUCGAUUUCGUCGUUUCGUCGAAUGUGGUGGAGGUACGAUUCGUGAACACCUUGAUUUUAUGUCCAGGAUGCACGCUGAGGGGGGACUCGUCGUACACGUCCUUCGUUCUUAAGCAUCGUGCGUAUUUCCCCAUCUUUGAAAAUGGCGACAUGCUCAAAUCGAUGGGCAUGCGAACGUUUUUCGACGCACCGCCACCGCCGCCGCCUCGAGGCAGGCGGGUGUGUUUCCCUCGCGAAGUUGAUUUUUCAUUUAAAGUGUCAAGCUACCCGAGCCGUUUCGCGGCGGAUGACGAGUCGGCGUCCUCAGACGACGCCGUCGUGCCGUUGGGCACGGCGGGCUUCGACGCGUUCUUACGCGUCUUCUUAGACGUGCGCAAUCGACAAUCUUUCGAUUACGACAUGUCUUCAGUCGUCAUCGUCGUCCCCUUUGAUUGGAAAAUCUCUCCGAGCGAGAGCUCGGGCAAAAUUCAGCAAACGCCGGAUGAUUUCUUCGCGCGAUGCCACGGGCAAGGCACGACGCUGUGCGACGUCGCUUACGUACUCAAGGAAUCGUCGGGAUUCCAAAUUCGAUUCAAUCCAGGAUUCACCCUCUGCCCUGGAUGCUCGCUGCGAGGCAAAGGUCCACAAGGCGCCGCAUUCGAACUGUACUCGCCAUUUCUUUUUCCGCUCGACAUAGAAAGCGUUCGAGGCGCGUCGGCGUUUUGCGACGACGCCCAACUCGCCGGCGGCGCUUCGGGACAGCGCGAGGUUCAACGCUGGAUAAAACUCGACUUGGGGCGCCCCGUCCCGGCGACGCACGACCCGUGGGCCGAGGGCGACGCGUUCGAACUGACGUUUUCGUGCGAAUCGGGCGGCGCGACGUCGGUCAGCGUGGGCGCGCUGAAAGCGGCGAACGGUGGUUGCUGGAGCGCGUUCGGGACGAGUUGGCACUGCGUCACCGGGUGGAGUCGACUGGGCUUGGAUUUUCGAGGCGUGGCGCUGGAAGUCGCGUUGGAGUGCGCGUUCGGCGAACGCGACGUCGGUGGUUGGCGGUGUUUGUACCAGACGAGUGCGGAUGGGUACACGGUUGGCGUGGACGCGCGCGACUGCGAAGGCGCGUUUCUCGCCGUUACGGACGCCGACGGCGCGAUGCUUUCGCGCGACCACGGUGGACCCAGGCUCGUGUUUCCCGCGUUGUACGGCUGGAAGAGCGCGAAGUAUUUAUCUCGAAUCGAGCUCAAGACGUCGUACGAGAAUGGGUUUUGGGAAAACUUGGGGUGUCACGCUCGCGGUCGAUGGCGCUACGAUGAGCGAUGGAAGCCGGGGACGUCCGCGCGAGUGUGGAACGUAUUGGCGUGGAUCACGGAUCGAUACUACAUCGGUGGUGAACGGGUGUGGAUAUGGGUCAUGGUGUACGGCGGGCGGGCGUUGGGGAUGGUCGCGUCUCUGUUCGCCAAGAAGAAUAGGGUAGACUAA